CUCCCAAUAAAAGGGGCGUCCCCUAGGUUUUGUUUAUCUAACAUUCUCUCAUCGUCAUCAUCUAUCAUCGCCGUUUCUAAAAAUUUUCAAUUCAUUCGCCAUUUUUCUCUCUCUUUCGACCCUUCUUUCUCUCUAAGCUCUGUUCUUCGAUUUGAAUGGUGGAAUUUGGAUCUGGGUUUCAAAAUUUUGGCGUUGAUUUAGCCGAGUGGGUGUUGGGUGUGGCGUUGAAUUGAGUUUGGGGGGAAAUCCAUUUUGGAGAUCUGAAUUUUGGUUUGGUGAAAGGGGAUUGAUUGACUGAUUGAUUGAUUAUCGGUCGAGGUAUUUAAUUUCGUUUGUUGGAUUGAGGAAUUUGGCGAUUAGGGUUUCUGGUGCGUGAUAUGUAAAAAAAGGAGUUUCUCUGUGCGAGGAUGCCAGCUACAGAUUAUCAGGGUUCGUCGGCUGCUUGUACCAACAUUGGACGUCCGGUUCAGAGUAUUCGGCGAGAUCAGCUUUACGCAAUGGAUGGUUCUCCGACGUCUCAGGAGCAGGAUCUUGACUCCUUUCAGAGGCAAGUUGCUGAACGGUUCAUGGACCUUGCCUCGGUUGGUCCUGAUGAGUUGCUUUCCUUAUCAUGGGUUCAGAAGCUUCUGGAUUCCUUCUUGUGCUGCCAGGAGGAGUUUAAAUUCGUUCUCAUCAACCACAAAUCUCAAAUCUCUAAACCCCCUUUGGACCGUUUGGUUGCUGAUUACUCGGAGAGAACCGUCAAGGCGCUUGAUGUGUGUAAUGCGAUUCGUGAUGGGAUUGAGCAGCUCCGGCAAUGGCAGAAGCUUUUGGGGAUUGUUCUAAGUGCGUUGGACAAUUGUAAUCACCAGAAGACUCUUGGCGAGGGUCAAUUUCGUCGCGCCAAGAAGGCCCUCAUCGAUUUGGCUAUUUGUAUGCUUGAUGAGAAAGAUUCGCAUGCCUCUGCUAUAGCCCACCGCAACCGUUCUUUCGGACGGAACAAUGCCUCGAAGGAUCCACGGUCAUUGGGCCACUUCCGAUCGCUCUCGUGGAGCGUUUCACGAUCGUGGUCGGCUGCCAGGCAGCUGCAAUCCAUUGGUAACAAUUUGGCGGCCCCUAAAGCGACUGAGCUUUUGGCUACAAAUGGGCUUGCAGUUCCUAUCUUUACCAUGAACAUGGUGUUAUUGUUUGUAAUGUGGGCGUUGGUGGCGGCUAUUCCUUGCCAGGAUCGGGGUUUACAGGUUCAUUUCUCUUUGUCCCGAAACUCCCCAUGGGCGGUUCCAAUCCUUCAACUGCAUGAUCGAAUUGUGGAGGAGUCCAAGAAGCGAGAUCGAAGGAACUCAUGUGGGCUGUUGAAGGAGAUUCACCAGAUUGAAAAGUGCACGCGUCUCAUGAAUGAUUUGGCCGACACAGCUCAGUUCCCAUUGGCCGAGGAGAAAGAAGCAGAGCUGAGAGAGAGAGUGCAAGAGCUAACUACGGUUUGUAAUACUCUGAGGACUGGACUUGACUCAUUGGAACGGCAGGUGAGGGAAGUUUUUCACAGGGUUGUUCGCAGCAGGACUGAAGGGCUCGACUCGUUGGGACGAGCAAAUCAUUCUGAAUAGAAUUGUUGGAAUUUCAGAACAAAGCAAAAUCACUCUUUGGAUUAGACUCAUUGGAACGGCAGGCAAGGGAAGCUUUUCACAGGGUUGUUCGCAGCAGGACUGAAGGGCUCGACUCGUUGGGACGAGCGAAUCAUUCUGAAUAGAAUUGUUGGAAUUUCAGAACAUGUUCUACUUUGGUUUUCAUGGUUUCUAGGAAUAAGAGAAAGAGAGGAUGAAAAUAUGAAGAAGAGAGUGAAGGUUAUAAAGUGGUGAGGGGACUCUUUGUAUUUAUUUACUCAGCGUAUAUUGUGUAAAGAAAUUUGGAUAUGGAAACAUUGGCAUGGAUCUUCUCCAUCUGGUGGCCUUGGUAAUGUCACAUUGUUUCACAAAUGCCAUAUUUAUCAGCCCAUUGUUGACAUGUAUUGUUCAUUCUUACAAAGUUGUCUGUUGGUCCAUGUUUUGUUCUAAUUCUGCUGCAAAAUAUGACAUUACUAUCAAUUGUC